AUGGAAGCUUCCUUCAGAGCAGCACACUACCUGGCUAAGCACAAAAAGGCAUUUUCGGAUGGAGAGGUGGUCAAAGGGGUGAUGUCAGUGGUUGCAGAUACUUUGUUUAAAGAUCACAAGAAUGGGAAGGAGAUCCUCGUUGCCAUCGUGGAUAUUCAGCUAAGUGCCAACACCACCGCCAGGAGAGUAUCAGCAAUGUCCACUAACUUGGUGGAACAGCUGAACGGUGACAUGAGUACAUACAGGUACUUUAGCAUCCAAUGUGACAAGUCGGUGGAUAAAACCAGCACAGCGCAGCUGAUGGUCUUCAUCAGAAUGGUGUUCAGUGAUUUCACUGUGAAGGAGGAGAUGCUUACUUUGCUGCCCCUGAAAACCACAACAAGGGCUGUUGACAUCUAUGAGGCCAUAAAGCGCUAUUUUACAGAGAAAAACAUCCCACUUCAAAAAUUGGUAUCGGUAACUACCGAUGGAGUCCCCGCGGUGACCGGCUGUCAUUCUGAUCUUAUUGCGUGCUGCAGAAGUGAUCCAGAUUUUCCCCGUUUCCUCAGUUACCACUGUAUCAUCCAUCAACAGGCAAUUUGUGCCAAAGUGAUGGGUUUUGAUCCCGUCAUGACUCCGGUCAUGAAGAUUGUCAACAGUAUCUAUGCGAAUGCCACACAACACCGGGCAUUCAAACUUCUUCUGGAGGAGCUGUCAGCUGAGUACUGUGACCUCUUGCUGCACACAGAGAUAGGAUGGCUCAGCAGGGGUAGAGUUCUGCAGUGCUUUUUGUCACUUCUGGACAAAAUCAAAGAGUUCAUGGAAUCCAGAGGGCAGGACACUACUUUGCUCCAGGACACUGAGUGGGUGCUUGACCUUGCCUUUCUGACAGACAUCACAGGGAAACUGAAUCACUUGAACUGUGAAUUGCAAGGCAAAGGUAAGAAUGUACCGGACAUGAUCAGUGCUGUGAACGCAUUCAGAGCAAAGAUGAACAUUUUCUCUGUGCACUUGCAGAGUAAGAAAUUCCUGCACUUUCCAUCUGUGCAGUCAGUUUUGAAUGGAAAUGCCCCUGCAUCUGUAGCCUUAGACGGGGCUGUAGGAAAGUACACUCAGCUAAUAUCUAGGCUUGGGCAAGAGUUUGAAGAAAGAUUUCAUGACUUUGGUAAACUGCAGCCUUGUGUUGCAUUCAUUGCUAAUAGUACCUUUCAUGCAAUGUGA